GAUUAAAGAACACAAUUUCUGGAAAAACUAUUUCUACAGGGUAUCUCUUAUAAAACAGUCAUCGCAGUUGACUUCAAUCGCUGCUGAAUCAGGUGAAAGUACAAGUAGAUCAAGUUCUAGAAGAUCCUCUACUGACAAAGAUUCCAGCCAAUCACAAGCAGUUAACAUCGCCGGUGAUGAUAAAAAACAAAACAAGAAAGAUGAGGAAGAUGACAUGUUACCACCAGACAGCCCUACAAAUGAAUUUGUUAGUGAUGCAUUCAACUCUGAUCUAGACCAUGAUGAUAUACAGAAGGGGAUGAAACAACUCGGAAUGGAGAAAACAGAUGGUCAGAAUG